AUGGAAAUCAAGCAAAUAAUACUAAUUAUCUCCAUCUUGUCAGUCUUCCUUAUCGUUGGACGUGCUUGGCCAUCUAACGAGGUAACGGAAGAAUACAACAAUGACAGAUAUAACAUUUUACAACUAAAUUAUAUAAAUUACAGGCAGACUGUAAAUCUGACUUCUCGAACUUUUGCAAUGUUUUUGUUUUCUAGUUAUUAUUCCAUGAGUAAUUAUGAACUUUCUUCCGAAACACUCAGACCUCGUUCACCAUCUAUUUACUAGUAACUGAAAAAUGACCUCGAGACAGUGUCGUUUUGCCCCGGAAUCUGUUAGUCUCCUUAGUGAGACCUUGAUUUCGAACAUUCGUAAUUAAAAUGUCAGAUCUAUAUAUAUAUACUUCAAAAAGAGGUCAUUGAUUCAAUUUUUUGCUCAGGCAUAAGAUACUUAAUUUGUAUUCCACAAAGACUGAAUCUUUUUUGUAUACAUGAAUGGAAGAUUUUAAAUGUUUUUGUUAAAACUUAUAGAUAUAAUGCUGGAACAUUUUAUUAAUGCAAUUAGUUCCAUUCACUUCCCUGAUUAGGGGUGCCAUAAAGUCAUUAACGUAUAAGCGUUCAAUGGCACUCUUAAGUUUAAUUGCAUCAUUUGGUCUUUAUUUAUAGAAUGUUCUUACAUUGGUAGGUAUGUAAAAUUUUUCAAGAACAUUUAUUUUCCUUUUAACUUCCAAACCAGCUUGAGUUUUUUUUGUUUUGUUUUGUUUGUUUGUUGUUUUUUUUAACAGUGUAUGUAGUGGCAAGUUGAACAUCGCCUCAUCUUGAAGCAGAGGCCAAAUGUGUUGAAAUGAGUAGGCCAGACCUGUCUUGUAAGAAAGUGAACAAGCUAUUGUUAAUUGUAAUUUUAACUUCGAUUGUUCCCUCAGGACGAUGACAGCGAGGUGCGCAAAGACGAGAACGCCGUGGAGGAAAACACCCAAGCCGAGCUAGGUAGGCCAAUAGAGGCCUUAAGCUUUACUGGUAAAAAAAUCUCUGUUUGACCGAUACUAGAGAUAAUCACCUAUCAAAUUAAUCAUAGCCUACUAGCUCUUUCUCUUAUACUCCAAUGUUAUUUUCUUACGAGCUUUAUAAGAUGCAAAGACUUUUUUUUCAAAAAAUUUUUGUUGGCGUUGGUCUCAUAGAUAACUCCUUUGACGCCUGGGGUCAACUCAAUAAAACUUUUACAAGUGUAAUUUACAUGUGUAGCCCAGUAUACUGCCAUGACACUUCGUCUCCCCAUUCGCCACAAUCUAAAUAACUUUGGUACAUGCUUUUUACCAAUUCCAUAAUUUCAUUCUCCUCGGACUGAUUUCAAGUAUGUGUUAUCUAUCGGAAGACCCUUUUGACAAACGUGAGUUUAGUAAGAUUUCCUCUUGGGUCUUUAUUGCCUGUUUAGACGAUAUUAAAAAGGCUUGGUUACAGGUUCUUAUUUUGACCUUCGCUUUGUAGUGGCAGAUGAAGCAGGAGGAGGAGAAAGCGGAGCCAGUGGAAGCGGAAGCGGAAGUGGUACAGAACCUGCACCUGCUCCACCUGCCACUGGUACUCCUAUUCCGAUUGGCGAUGCAGUUGUAAGCACCAUUUGCGUUCUAUAGAUUUUUUUAUCGUUUUCGUCCCACAGGCUCAAUUAAAGCGAUUUUACGUUAUAGACACAUUUUUCAAGCUCCCCAAGGUAAUUGUCGAUUUCAAAACCAAACCAUUUCGAAUCAAAGAGAGCAUUAAACAGCUGUGUAGAAUUCUAACAUGCAAUUAGGGAUUUUGUAGUCGUAAAUUCGAAGAUAAUGUUUUUGUUUUCCAACAGAACAGGCCAAAACCUCUACUUACCAUUUUUAUGCUGCUAAAUUCGUCUACCAAAUUUGUGAUUUGCCUUGAUAUUGAUCGUAAGAGACAAUUUUCAGGCAUUCAAUAACACUCGUGAUGUGACAAUGAAGCAUAACGAAUAAUAUUAAUAUCAUUUUAUUAUUUAAAUAAUAACAUUGGCAAAAUUAACAUCAUCAAGAAGCAGAAAAUGAAGAAAGAAGGAAUGAAUGCAAGAGAAGUAUUUUGACCCCAAUGCAACAAUUCUUCAACAGUUUAUCUUCUUUUUUCGUGUACUCUCUACAUGAACAAUAACGUGAAAUUCCAUUAAACAUCUAUAAACCAAGUAUUGAAUGACAGUCGAAUCCCGGUAACUCGAUCCUUCUUCAAGGGAAUAAGUUCGAGGUUUAAUUAGGGGUUCGAGUUAACAGGCGUUCGAAGCAUGUAACCGGAAAUAAUGAAAUGGAAUGGCGACGGAGUUCAAUUUUCAUACACACUUCACUUCAAAGCCAGCAAAAGAUAAAUGAUAUUUGAAAGAGGAAUUAAGUAACAAAGAUUGAUCAUUUACAGGGCUGAACAAAAAGAAGUUGAUUGGCAGAAAAGACCAAUCAUACACGGUUGUCUUGAGAUAAAUUCAAUGUUUCGGACCCGGUCCACGGCAGAACACUGUUGUCUCAAAACAUGGUUUUGAGAUAUCCGGGGUCAAAUUAUAUGAAAUGAUCUAAAGGGAGACAAAAAUUACUUAGAGUAAGCGGGAGGUUCGAGUUACCGAGGGUAGAAUUAUAUAAAUGUAUGGACAAAAAAAUCGUUUUUGGUUCGAGUUAACGCGAGAUUUGUGAGUUAACGAGGGUUCGAGAAAUCGGUAGUCAACUGUAUUCAACGCGGUUCACUUUACCUCACACAAUAAUACGUACCCCUUAUCUACUGUUCUAAAUAAACAAAAUUUCCUUUUUUGUAUAAUUUUACUACUUAACACUGGAAUUAAAUUCAAUUAUUUUCUUUAUUUGCUUGUUUGUGCACAGAAUCAAGUCUGUGCUGGCUUCCAGUCGUGCGUUGCGCAAGUUGAUGCAGCUGUGUGCCUUAAACAGAUGGUGACUGCCCUAUCGUCACUUCUCCCACCUGCCACUACCGGGGCCCCGGUAGGGGGAACUCCGUGUCAGGGAGGAGCCGGUGCUCCCAUGCCAAUGCCUGUGCCUAUGCCGAUGCCGAUGCCAAUGCCGUAUCCCGUACAGCCAUCCUCCUGUGGUGGAACGUACCCUUGCGGCGAUGAAGAAUCAAAAAGCAAGAGCAAGAAACAUCAUGACGACCACAAACAUGAGGAAGAUUAG